GUUUUGCAUGUCAACAUAGGUCAAACCAUGUAGAGUUUUUUUCAUUUCCGUUCGUGCCAAAUUAAGCAUGUUGAGGUGACUGUAUUGAUACGAUACUGAUGAGAAUGACAAUGACGAAUUUUAGUGUUGAAAUUCCAUCCCUGAUCAUCACUGUCUGGAUGGUUCUACUUGUCAGCUCCUCGCUUGGUACAAGAGCUCAAGAGAGACUACAGUCCAAAUACCACCGCAAAAGACACCUUCUCCAGCUUGGCAACAUGAUGAUGUGCGCUACCGGGCGGGUUCCGUCUGACUACCUGGACUACGGCUGCUUCUGUGGGCCCGGCGGGGACAUGAAAUACGCCGCUAUGGAUGACACAGACCAGUGCUGCAGAGACCAUGACAAGUGUUAUGACGACCUGACGCGUCGUUGCCCCGGUUAUCUGUUUGGACUCAUCCCGUUCCCGUACCUCGCCAUCUACAGUUACCAGUACCACGCCUGUCUGUCCGUACUGAGCACCAGCUGGACAAAGGUGUCUCCGGAUGUGUCUCGGGCACCGCGAGGAGCAGCAAACGUCAUCAUUCAGUGCAACAAAAAGCAGUCCGGUGACAAAGUGAGUGCCGGAUGCAGAGGACUUCUGUGCAGCUGUGACCGAAACUUUUCACUCUGCUUGGGAAGAAGUCAUUAUGACGACCGACAUUACUCAGUCAACGUGCAGGAGAAAUGUAAGACUACAGCUCCCUAAACACGAGCCGUCUGCGCCGAGAACGACAGGAGAAUUCAUCUCAAGUUCUGUACAUUUUACUCGUGCCAGAUAUGCAUGUAUGUGCAGGCUUGGAGGUCGUUGGUUGGGAAAAAUCGUGACUUUCUUUUUUAAAGUACAGCAGAAUUCAAGAUACACGAGACCACGGACCAAGCAGAUUUGACUUCAACUGUACUUUUCUCUACUUGAAUAUCAAAAUGUAUGUAUUCAACCUCUACUUGGAGAGUAAUCUAGCACAUAGUAAUGUAUCCAAGGACAUUGAUGACAAUGAACUAUGAAGAUAUCAGCAAUGAUGGAAAGUAAAACGAAAGACACAAGCUUAAGAUCUAAUAGAUGUCGCCUUGAAAGUGUUGACUGUAAUGAAGAUUCUAUACUCACAAAGGAUGCGCUAUUGUCAUAGAAAUCCUUUAGUCCUUGCAAAAACCAAGGAGUAAAAACAAAGCAUAUGUGUUA